GCCGCUGUGGGCAAAGCUGUGCGCGCGGAGGCAGGCAGGCGGCCGGCUGGGGAGGCACGGGUCGGGCUGCUGCGUUCCAUCCUGGCCAUGGCAGCGGCGCCCCUGAAAGUGUGCAUCGUGGGCUCGGGGAACUGGGGUUCAGCUGUUGCAAAAAUAAUUGGUAAUAAUGUCAAGAAACUUAAGAAGUUUGCCUCCACAGUUAAGAUGUGGGUCUUUGAAGAAACGGUUAAUGGGAGAAAACUGACAGACAUCAUAAAUAAUGACCAUGAAAAUGUAAAAUAUCUCCCUGGACACAAGCUGCCAGAAAAUGUGGUUGCUGUCCCAAACCUCAGCGAGGCCGUGCAGGAUGCAGACCUGCUGGUGUUUGUCAUUCCCCACCAGUUCAUUAACAGAAUCUGUGACGAGAUCACCGGGAGAGUGCCCAAGGAAGCGCUGGGAAUCACCCUCAUCAAGGGCAUAGAUGAGGGUCCUGAGGGGUUGAAGCUCAUUUCCGACAUCAUCCGGGAGAAGAUGGGCAUUGACGUCAGCGUGCUCAUGGGAGCCAACAUUGCCAGUGAAGUGGCUGCAGAGAAGUUUUGUGAGACCACCAUCGGCAGCAAAAUAAUGGAGAAUGGCCUUCUCUUCAAAGAGCUUCUGCAGACUCCAAAUUUUCGAAUUACUGUGGUUGACGACGCAGACACUGUCGAACUUUGUGGUGCUCUUAAGAACAUUGUAGCGGUGGGAGCCGGGUUCUGCGACGGCCUCCACAGCGGGGACAACACCAAAGCUGCUGUCAUCCGCCUGGGGCUCAUGGAAAUGAUCGCCUUCGCCAAGAUCUUCUGCAAGGGCCAGGUGUCCACGGCCACCUUCCUGGAGAGCUGCGGCGUGGCCGACCUCAUCACCACCUGCUACGGAGGCCGGAACCGUAGGGUGGCCGAGGCGUUUGCCAGAACCGGGAAGACCAUCGAAGAAUUGGAGAAGGAGAUGCUGAAUGGACAGAAGCUCCAAGGACCUCAGACGUCCGCUGAAGUGUACCGGAUCCUGAAACAGAAGGGGCUGGUCGACAAGUUCCCGUUGUUUACGGCAGUGUAUCAGAUCUGCUAUGAAGGCAAACCCGUUCAAGAGAUGUUGUCUUGUCUCCAGAGCCACCCAGAGCACGUAUAAAGUGGAUGGUGCAGCGUGUUGGGGAACGUGCUGCCUUUCUGAUCAGUCUUUUUCGUUCAAAUGGAAACUGGGACUGGGCAACACUAUGUUCGCUUGACCAUAAUCCUGUCAUGGGUGCGGAUGCAUUUUUACCAGUUCAUUUCUGAAUUGCGAGACACAAUUCACUGGCUAAGAUGUGGUGGGCAACAAAUAGACACAUGCGUGAAUGUGUGAGUCUGUUCAUUUCUCAUGCUGUGGAUGUUUCUAUGAACCAAAAUUAAAGGUCCUUUUUAAAAAUUACUUUGAAAUUUUCCCACGGUGGUAGCUUAGAAGAUGGGAAUGAUCUCAGCUAAAUUUUUUACAUCGAAUCCAUAUGCAUUUGAGUGAAGGGAUUUUUUUUUUCCCCCUCAGUCUCUUGAUGUUAAAACUGAACCAGCAUUAACAUGGUAGAACGGACGAGUGAGUGUGUUCAAAGAUCAACAUACUGUAACUUAAACUCUAUAUCAAAGCCAGCAUAAUUAACUACUUUGAUUGUGGGUUGAUCUUUUUUUUAACAAUUAGAGAUUUUUAAUUAGGUGAUCCA